AUGAAGCCGCUGACCUUCGCGGCGCUGAGUGCCGAAUUUGUUGGAACUUUCGUGGUCGCAUUCACGGUGGGAUGCACGACUCUUUCCGGAAUACUGCUGGACUGGGCAAGCGUCUCCAUUGCUUGUGCAUCGAUGGUUAUGAUGUAUGCUUUUGCUCCGGUAUCUGGAGGGCAUCUAAACCCAUCGAUUUCGAUUUCGAUGUUUCUGGCGGGCAAGCUCCGUGGCAUCACCACUUGUGCCUACAUCGUGGCACAGGCCACCGCUGCGAUCCUGGCACUCUUGGCCGUGCGCCAGCUCUUCUCGGAAGCGCCUGCGAUCAUCCCAAAGGCUGGGAGCGGCUGGACGCAGGCAUGCUUGGUGGAGAUGAUUUACACGGCGAUGCUUAACUUCGUCGUCCUGUGCGUGUACAGCCGCCGGAACAACCCCGACCAGGAACCCAAUCAGUUCUAUGGCAUUGCCUGCGGCUUUGCGCUAAUUGCUGGCAUCGGCGCUACGCAAAUGUCUGGAGGGGUGUUCAACCCAGCUGUUACGAUGGGUGUCGGAGUUGUGACGAAGGACGGCGGAUGCCUUAUGUACCUGUGCUACCAGCUUUUGGCGAGCCUGAUUGCUUCCAUGAUCUUUCGGAUGCUGCGACCAGAAGAGUACAUCGACAUAGCCAGCUUUCAGAACUACGAGCCCAGUGAUGGUAUAAAGUAUGGCAGCGAGUUUGUUGGGACCUUCUUGGUCGUGAUCACAUAUGGCUUGAGUGGUGUACGCGCCAUGCCCGAGACGUUCUCGUGGACCACGGCCUCAGCGCUAAUGAGCCUCGUCUAUGCUGUCGGCGACUUGUCCGGGGGCCACUUCAACCCUGCUGUGACAACAGCUGUUGUUCUCUCCCGCACACGUCGAUUUUCAGUGACCCAGUUGCUGACCUAUUGGGCAGUGCAAGUGGCGGCAGGGCUACUGGCUAUCCUGGCCUGUAUGGGCCUCUUUCCAAGCGGGUCGUGGAACCUGGCUCCGCAGGAGAAGUACACGGCAGCUGGUGCCUAUAUCGUUGAGUUUACCUUCACGAUGCUGAUCUGCAUCACCUUUUUGUCAGUCUCCUGUGUCAAGGGAAUCACAAGCGGCUUCCAGAGGAAUUUCUACUUUGGACUUGCCAUCGGCUUCUCGGUCCUAGCCGGCGGCGUUUGUCUGAAGGCAUGGUGGAGAUGGGUUGCGCUGGGCGAGCCGGUGCUUGUAUAUGUGGACACUGAGGUUCAACCGCUAGCCAAUGAGACGCCUCGGCAAGUGGACUUGACAAAGGACAUCGGGGAGGAAACGAAGAGAACAGCGCAAAAGCUUUUGGCCGUGGAUGCUACCCGUGUCAAUCAGCAAAAGCCGGGAACGGCGCAGGAGCCGGGUGAGACAGCUCGCAUGUGGAAUGGGGUCAUUGCAGCUGUCCUGGCGCGGGCUUCCUGUCAGACCUACUCCGCCGCUCCGGUGAGGAGCUCCACGAACUGCGCGCGAGGCUACGCAAUCUGCUCCUAUGGGCUGUCGUGUCCGGCGGAUUUCGCGCUCGAAUGCCAAAGCAUUGGUUGCGAGGCGACGGAGAAAGUUUGCACGGAUGUAGGUGCCAACUUCAGACCAUCUGAAUGGAAUGGUCACUGUGAGGAUUGGCCGGAAGAUGUUGACAUAAGAUACGAGUGCUGUGAGUGUGUGGGUGCUCAGCCAGCACCUGAAAUUCUCACUCCAACAUCAUCCGGCAGAGUCUGCUAUCGAAGCAGCUCAGACUGCCCGAUUUCUCUCUCCUCAAACUGCUGCAAGCACGAGCUGACCUGCCCCGAGGGCUAUGAGCUGUCAAGUGCCCGCCCGCUUUGUGGCGAGACCACCUGUGAUCGGCUGGGAUCAGCCUAUGCAGCGAGCGAACUCAUCUACCUCUCGGAACCAUGCACUAGCAUCUUCCCGAAAGACCAGACGCUCUGCAAGACCUGCGAGAAGAUGUCUUCGAGAGGCGUAUCUUCGAGCCAGGAGCCGUCCACAUCCACAGCACCGACCACUAGCGUUGGCUGGGAGCACAUCGGCGACGCAGGUAAGUCUGUGUGCCGUGGAAGGACCAGCCACGACAACUCCCCUAGCUACUAUGAGGUGCAGGAGGGCAUCACAGAACUUCAAGCAUGUCAGUCGAAGUGCGUUGAGCAGCUUCCGAGUUGCAAAGGCAUUGAAUUCAGCUAUGGGCGCUGCGAGAUUUGGACUCGUCCUCAUGGGAUCUUCUCCUGGACGAUGCCGAGCAGCGGCAGCUUUACCUGCAUGCGCUAUGGCUGGCCAACACAGAACCUGCUACCAGUUGAUGGUGGCGAGGGACGAGCCUGUCGGGGAGAUCACCCAGCUGACAACAACGAGAAGUUCUACAACGUCAUCGCAGCGGAGACCUUGGACGUCAUGCAGGAUUGGCAGGUGCCCGUCUUGUCCGAUGUACUACAAAAGCAAUGCCUGGCUGUGGCCUUUAUCCCAGCUCAUCGGCCGAUGUCUUGCCGCAUCUUCCUCGUGCGUCAUGGCGAGCGAGCAGACGGCCCUGGCCUGCCUCCUCCUCCUGAGGAUGGUUGGCUCGGAGAUGCUCCGCUCACCGGUGCAGGACGCCUCCAGGCGAAGUGCACAGCCGCCCUUCUGAAGUCCAUGAUUGGGCCUCUCCGCACAGCUGUGGUGUCCUCGCCAGCUCGGCGCUGCCUCCAGACGGCGCGGCCCAUCGCGGAUGCAUUGCAGGCAGAGCUUUGCGUGGAGCCAGGUUUGGCUGAUUGGGGCGGCCUCUUUGAGGCCCCGCCGCUUGAACUUGGAAUGCUGGGCUUUGGCCCCGUUUGGGCCAAGUCGUUGGAGGAGGAGACCUGGGAAAUGGCGGCGCAGCGAUACCUGGAGACAUACCGAGGCUUGGCAACAAACUCCGCGGCCCUGGAUGCUCUAGUCCUUUGCAGCCACCCAGCUGCCCUUGAAGCGCUGGUGCCAGCUGCAUGGACACAGGGCCACUGUGCCAUAACGGAGCUGAGUGGUUUGACGCCCACACCUGGAGAGCAGCUGCACGACACCUCGGCAUGGCGCCAACGCUUCAUGUACGUUGUGUCGCGAGAGCCGCGAAAGCGGUACUGGCGGGCAAAGGGUACGCCGACGAGCACCAGGCUGUUUCCGUGGCCUGCAGACUUCUGGAGCGUUGCCGUUGCAAACAUGAACGAGGCCGGGCUGACACUCACCACUUCGAAGCGCGAUCGUCCGUCUCUCCUCUUCUUCCUGGAUAUGACAGGCAAGCUCGUCCACCUACUCAGCGGCCUCACAGUUUCGGCUGAUGAGAACGCAGAGCUCACACUGGGUGCAGCGGACGUUGCGCUGUGCUGGAAGUUGGGUUCCCAAGGCGAGCUGUUGAAUGAGAAGGGUGCGCACGUUUCUGUCCAUGCAUGCGAAGUGCCCUCGCUGCGGCUCCAGGAAAAAGCCGGCCGGGAGACGAUGGCUUUCGAUUUGGUCCCUCUUGGCGGCACUGCUCCUUGCAGGACUCAACUCCUCAAUCAAGGAGGCGUGCCUCUCAUGGAUGAGCUCGUGCAUGGGCAGGCUGAGUGA